AUGUCUUCUCAACUAGCUCCUCCAACACAUAUCGCCGGGAAACCGGUUGGGUCCACCGGUUACGGUUUAAUGGGCUUGACUCUUUGGGGAAAUAUUUCUCACGACGAAGCAAUUAAGCCCAUGAAAGCAGCACUGGAGAAUGGUGCCAACUUUUGGAACGCAGGGAUAUUUUACGGUCCACCCGAAGCGAAUUCUCUCCAGCUACUCAAGCAAUAUUUCAAGGUGUACCCAGAAGAUGCCACCCGCGUAGUUCUCAGCGUCAAAGGUGCAUUCGACGCGUCCACGGGAACACCUAAAUGCAGCCCUGCAGAAAUUCGCGCCUCGGUCGACGAAUGUCUCCGUAUCCUCGAUGGAGCUAAGACAAUAGACCUCUUCGAAUGUGCACGAGUCGAUCCCAAUGUCACGAUUGAGGAAAGUGUUUCGACACUGGCUGAGUUGAUAAAGGAAGGCAAAAUUGGGUCGUACGGUCUUAGCGAAGUUAAUUCUGAUACAAUCCGCCGUGCAAACAACGUCCUGGCUCCGGCGGCAGUAGAGGUUGAACUCAGUCUCUUUUCCAGAGAUGUUCUUGAAAAGCAAGGUGUCGCAGAUACCUGCCGUGAGCUUGGAAUACCGCUUGUUGCUUACAGCCCCCUCGACAGAGGCUGGCUGACUGGGGAGUUGAAAAAGCCAAGCGAUCUGGCUGCAGACGAUUAUAGGCUAAAGAUGGGAUGGCCUCGUUUCCUACCUGGAGCUUUUGAAAAGAAUGCGAAACUUGCGGAGGGAGUCGAAGAAAUCGCGAAGAAGAAGGGCGUCACAAGUCCUCAAAUUGCGCUUGCGUGGGUCAAAAAGCAAGGUGCGAUGCCGCUUCCUGGCUCUACUAGGGUGGAGAAAGUUUUGGAGAAUUCGAAGGAGAUUACUCUUACCGAGGAGGAGAUGCAAGAAUUGCAAAAGAAGUUGGAUGGCAUGGAAGUUGCAGGGAAUCGAUAUCCAGCGUUCUUUGAACCGUAUUUGAACAAGUAG